GUCCAAUUCAAUUUGAUUUCUCAAUUGUUUGUCUGUGUCCCUGAACUUUGUGUUGUUUCGAUAAUUAAUUAUUUUUUGUAUUAUUCAGGAAAUUCGCUUCCGAUUCCAUCACAAAAUAUGUCAUGGAUAACUGGUUUAGCUGAUAAGGCUGAGAACAUUUUAAACAAACUCGACCAAAAUGCUGCAACAGCUCUUCAAACCCCAGCAAAUUACUCAACAACAGAUUUGUUGUCGUCGCCAACAAUUAUUGCCAACGUGAAAAAUGAUCCAAUAGAAGUGGUAAGUAGGGCUUAUCCUGUCAACUCGAUGCAGCUAGUGAAAUCUCUUUCGCCUAAACGAGCACCAUCGACGCCAAAAGAAAGUCCAAUCAAACAAGUUCUGGCCGUCGAUACAAUCGAUUUCGCUGCCAAUGCAUCGAAUCUCUCUUCAAGGCGCAGUUCACUAAGUUCCCAACCAGAUUCGGUAACAAUUGAUAUGUCCGUCGCAUCCGAAAAGAACACUGCUCCACCUCAACCUAAGUCUUUGCCAGAGGUCCAAGAACUUGCCGCAUUUAAGAUAGCUCUAGCUGAUAUCUCCAACGAACGUGAUGAACUUAAAGCCAAAGUCCUUGCACUAACAGAUAGCAGUCAACAGGCUAUGAUGCAAAGUCGACUAAGAGAAAUGGAAGUCCUUGUAAACCGUUUGACAAACGAAAGGGAUCAAAUUCAGAACGAACUUCACGACACCCUGAGCACUAAUAAGGGCUACAUGCAUUCCAUUUCCCAGCUUGAAUCGAGCCUUGCAAAGAUCCAGCAAGAAUUUAUUGAUGUCACAAAGAAACUACAAAUGCAAGUCAAAGAAACCGAUCAACAGCGAUUGGAUUUGGUGGAAUAUCGCAAAAAGGCACAACUUGCUCUCCAAAUGAAGGAUCAAUUGAUAAACGAGUUAAAAUCUCCAAGUGGCGAAGACAAUCGCGAAUCUUCUAAAAAAUCCAAUGAGCGAGUACUGCUCCUAGAAAUAAGCACACUGAAACAGGAGAACAAGCAAUUCCAGGAAGAAAUCGACAAUAUUCGUCAGCAACUGGAAAAUUCAAAGGCAAAUCUCCAUUCUAUUUGUCGACAACACGAAGAGACAGUGGCGAUGCUUCACACAAACGAUGAAACACUAAGAAAAGAUAUUCGUUCUGAAAAAGAACAGAAUCUUCAGCUAGAAUCCGAGUUGAGGGUCUUGAAUCAGGAAUUGUUGGCCACUCGUAAGCAGAUGGCUGCUCAAAUGGAAAGCUAUGCGGCAACUGUUCAAGAGAAGGACAAAUUGUUGGAGAGAGUGAAGGCAAGCUAUGCGGCUGCACAAGCAGAUCCAACAACCUACGAAACCCGAAUAAGGUCCCUAACCCAGACACUGGUCGAAAAACAAAACUCUGUCGAGGCCAUGACAGCAGAGAGGAAUGCGCUCCGAUUUCAAUUGGAAAAAGCUGAGAACCAGAUAAGACUGUCAGCAUUCAAUCACUCGACAGAACGUAAUGCUAUGACUCUUGCCAAUCACACGGAUGAUGUAAAGGCACAGUUUCCAAUUCUUAUGCGAGAGAAUCCAUUCGAUAAUAGAGUAGCCAGAAGAGUGAAACGAGCUUAUUCCACACUUGACUCAGCUGGAAUUAGGUUGGGCGCAUUUUUGAGAAGAUAUCCACUCAUGCGGAUAGCAGUUUUAAUGUAUGUUGGAUUGUUACAUUUGUGGGUUAUGUUUGUUUUGCUAUCGUCUACACCAACAUAACGGUAAACGGGAAAAAGUUAAUUAAGUUUAAGGUGAUACCGCAAUGAUUAUUGUCGUUGUUUGUGAGUUAUUUAUGUACAUUAUCUUUUAUCAAUACAAAUAUUCCAGUUUAUAUUAAAAAAUCUUAAAUCUCAAGAAAUUGGUUUAU